AUGGGGUUGCAAACAGUCCUCCAGCGGGUGGGACUCCCCUUCGUUUCUCGGUGGAUUAACGACGAUAUCCGACCAAUCGAAUCCAGAAGACGAACAUGGGGCUUUUUGAUGUUCCAUAACUUCUGGCUCCUGGUCAACUGCAACAUCACGACAUACCUCACUGGCAGUGCCCUCAUACCGCUGGGCCUCACAUGGUGGCAGGCAUUGAUAUGUAUCGUGCUGGGUAACCUCAUCGCUACAGGCGUAGUCAUUAUCAACUCCCUUCCCGGAAGCUACUAUCAUCUCGGGUUUCCGGUCUAUAGUCGGGCGGUAUGGGGGAUGUGGGGGUCCCAAUUCGUCAUCUGGAACCGCAUCUUCCUCUCUCUAGUCUGGUAUGGCUUCACAGCCUGGGUCGGCGGCGAGUGCAUCUACCUGAUCCUCCUAUCCUGGGACCCCCGUCUAGAGUCUCACGUCCCGAACACGAUGCCCACGGACACGGGCAUGACGACCGCGCAAUUCGUCUCGUACAUACUCUUUUGCGUCAUCAGCCUCCCGGUUCUUUGGAUUCGACCCCACCGCCUCGAGAAGUUCUUCCGCGUCGCCUGCUCCAUCACCCUCGUCUUCUUCCUCGUCCUCCUCAUAUGGGCCCUGGCGACCAUGGGACCCACGGGCUUCGGCGACACAAUAACAUCGGGCUCCGUGCUGCCGAACACCGGAGGGCCGCAGAGCGUGGCGUGGCUGAUGAUCUAUGGCAUUGUCUCCACGAUCGGGUCCAUCGCCGCGGGUAUCCUCAACCAGAACGAUUACUCCCGAUUCGCGACGCAGCCGAAGCAUGCCAUCCUCGGGCAGGCUGUCUCGUUUCCAUUCUAUGGCAUCUUUAGCUCGCUGAUCGGGAUCCUGGUGACGGCGGCUACGCAGCAUCGUUUCGGUGGUGAGGCCAUCUGGAACCCGCCGACCUUGUUUGCGCAACUGCUGGCACAGAACGAGACGGCGGGGACACGGGCCGCUUGCUUCUUCGCGGGCCUUUGUCUCGUCAUAUCCCAGAUCGGCGUCAACGUACCGGGGAAUGCGCUGGCCGGCGGUUUCGAUCUGGCAGCCACGUUCCCGAAGUACCUCAACAUAAGGCGAGGGGCGUAUAUCACGGCCAUCUUCAGCAUCGUCGUGAACCCCUGGCGGCUUGUCAACACGGCCACGACGUUCCUCACAGUGCUGUCCAGUUACAGCGUGUUCCUGGCCCCUAUGACCGGGCUGAUGAUCUCAAGUUACCUGGUUGUCAACAAGAGGAAGGUCAACGUCGAUGACUUGUACCGUGGUGACUCGGACAGCAUAUACUGGUUCUCGUAUGGGUGCAACUGGCGAGCUCCCGUGGCGUGGCUUGUCGGUGUCGUUCCUUGCAUGCCGGGCUUCGUCGCAGCCGUCGAUACAUCUGUCACAGUUAGUGAAGGGGCAACGGAGCUCUACUACAUGUCAUACAUGUAUGGUCUCCUGUCGAGUGGUCUUGUGUAUGCCGUGCUGCAUAAGGUAUUCCCUGCCAAAGCUCUGGAUUCGUUUGUCAAAACUGCGCCUUCUGCAAAGGAGCUCCAGGAGUUCCAUCUUGGUCUAUUCUGCAAGGGACGCGGUCUCGAAUGCACAUCAUCCACCCCUAUCGACCAGACAUCCGACGCCGCCGUGGGGGGUCGCAACCAUGUCCACACUACCGCCGGGCCGUCACAGCCAGAGUUCGGCCACCGUCAAAGGCCCAACAGCCCUGGCCCCGCAGCCACUCCUUCCGCCGUUGAAGGUCCCGGCCCCAAUACCGAUGGGCUGUGGACCUUGGAAGACAACGCGAACCGGACUGCGCACAGCAUGGGCCCGGCUGCAGAGCAAGACACCCACGUUCUCGACGCCAUCCGCUCCAGUGUGUUGAGCAGCGCGGAUGAAGUGGACGCCGACAUGAUCCAGGUCUACGGCGGCAGCAAGUACCUAUGGGACCCUCCCGUCCAUUUCUGUCUUCUCCAAGACGAGUUCGCAGCCCAUGACAAUGCUGCCAGGAACGCCGCAUCGUCUGCCAUCGAGGGCCUCGUUGGCCAGUACGGGCCCAUUCUCGUCCGGCUCUACUUCAAGCACAUUCACCCGGUCCUCCCAGUCCUCUCCAAAGUGCGCUUUCUGAGACAAUACGCCGUCGACAAGACAAAGCUUCCAGCAUCGUUGAGGGGCGCCGUGUAUGCCUUGGCGUCAGUAUUCGACAAGAAGGACCCCUCUCUGAAAGGGCCGUUUCCUUUUAAGCAGCACCAGCUUGCAGACUAUGCAACCGAUUCUCUGCAGCGAGAGCUGGAUUCUCCAAAUCUCGCGAAACUGCAGGCGAGUCUGCUGCUGUUGCACGUGAAGCCGAACGAUGUCGACAGCAUCGAGCACCCCCGGACGUGGACCUCUACCGCCCAGGCCGUGGCCACCGCCCAGAUGAUUGGUCUUCACCAGGACGCCGAGAGAUGGUCUAUCGCCCCUUGGGAGAAGAGCCUGCGGAGGAAGCUGUGGUGGGCCACGUACGUCGCCGACGUGUGGUCUGCGGUAUGCCACGGGAACCCGCCUCAUAUCUACCCGGCGUCCUUCAAUACGUCGGAUAUCACGAUGGACGACUUGCGAAGCGACGAAGAGGUGCCUCCUGAACUUGAAGCGAUGAUUGACCCCGUAAGCUCCGGAUUCCAAAUCGCCACGGGGGCUCGGUUCUUGGAGUUGGUCAAGGUCAGUCAAGCACUGCGUGAGAUGAUUGAUUGCAGCUUUCAAGUACCCCGACUGAGGCCGCCGGGACCAGGGGAGGAUGGUAACACAGGCCGCCUGCUGUUGCUGAGAGACAAGCUCGGAGAUUGGGAUGGUCUCCUCCCUCGAUGCCUCGCCAUGCCGUCACCCGCAGAAGCUCUCGGUCCGUCUAACAAUGCACCGCUACACCUAGCCUACUACGCCUAUCUGGUCCUGCUAUAUAGGGCGCUAAUGACACCAGCAACAAAGGAAGCGAAGAUGGACUCUUCUUCGAAUCUUCAUCGCUGGUUCGAGACCGCAGUACGAGACUUCGAAGGGUUCCUGGGGCUGAUAGAGGCAGUCACACCCGAAGAUCUCCAGGGCUUCUGGGGCCGCCAUGCUCGAUCCCAGUUGAUUCUCUGCGGCAACUUUCUUAUAUACCUUUUCCUCCUUUCGCCGACAAAUUCGGACGUUGACGCGGUCUGGGGUCUGAUUGAGAGGUUCGAAGCAUCGCUGCAACGUCUGGAAAGUCAGGCUGAUGAGGCGGCGAAAUUACUCAUCCACCCGGUUGCUCUACGAGUGCAGUCCUUGUUCAUCCAGGGCGUCGAUCUCAUGCGCAAGUCGCAUUCAGCAGGAACAGCCUCUGCAACAGCAUCGGCCGUCUGA